UUGAAUAAAAGUCUAUUUUUUCAGUGGCGUGUAGGUGAUCGUUGUUUGGCACCAUACUACGACGAUCAGCUGUGGUAUCCAGCUGUUAUCAAAAGACUUGAUUUUGCUUCCGGCAAAUGUGAAGUGCUGUACGAUGUUUACAAUGAAUUGGCUUCCGUUAAUAUAUCAGAUCUUACAAAGUAUAUCAAUUUUUAUUCUUGA